AUGGAAAUUGUAAAGAGAAUGAGUAAAAUAAAGCAUAAAAUUGCGGUUAUGAGUGGAAAGGGAGGGGUAGGUAAAUCUACAAUAGCAGUGAAUUUAGCAGUAGCCCUCUCAAAAAAAGGUUAUCGGACAGGUAUUUUAGAUAUAGAUAUUCAUGGCCCCAAUGUUCCCCGAAUGCUAAAAAUUGGAAAAAAAGAUCUGAUAAUAAGUGCUGAGGGGAUCGUACCAGUAAAGGUGGGAAAUUUAAAAGUAAUAUCUGUACAAUUGCUUUUACCGGAAGAGAAUUCGCCAAUAAUCUGGAGAGGUCCUAGAAAGACAGCAGCUAUAAGACAAUUCCUGGUGGAUGUAUCAUGGGGAGAUCUUGACAUAUUAGUAAUUGAUUGUCCUCCUGGUACUGGUGAUGAGCAUUUAACAAUUUUACAGUCAAUACCCUUUUUUGAUGGGAUAAUAAUGGUCACAACACCGCAUGAAGUUUCAUUAGACGAUGUUGAAAAAUCCAUAAACAUGGCUAAGCACCUGAAAAUUAAAGUAUUGGGAAUCGUAGAGAAUAUGUCUGGUUUUGUCUGUCCCGAAUGUAAAACUGAGAUACCGAUUUUUGGAAGUGGUGGGGGCAAUAAAAUAGCAUCAAAAACAAAUAUACCUUUGUUAGGUAAUGUACCAAUCGAUAUUGCAUCUAAAGAACUGGAAGAUGUUUUAUUAAUUGAGAAUGGGGAAUCAGAGACCUCAAAAAGGUUAUUAAAAAUUGUAAAUAAGAUAGAAAACAUAGUACUAAAAAGGGAGGAAUAA